AUGAGGACUCCGGCGCUGAAGGUUGGCGGCGUUCUCGCCGCCCUGUGCGCGUUCUCGCUGCUGCUGCCGGCCGCAGCAGCAGCAGCAGCAGCAGCAGCAGCAGCGGAGCAGCAGCUGCUGGAGGCGGCGCCGGCGGAGGCGCGGCCGCGGGCAGCAGCGGCGAGCCGAGCAGCAGCAGCAGCAGCAGCAGCAGCAGCAGCGCUGGAGGCGCCAGUGCCGCUGUCGGGGGGCCGGGAGCAGGUGUCUGUACAGCUGGAGGGAGCAGCAGCAGCAGCAGCAGACGCGGAGUUCCAAAAAGUGGCCGAAGAAUUAAUUAAAAGGAUUUUUCCGAGUCCAGGAAGUGGUUUUUUGUGGGGUUUGCGGGGUGUACGUACAGCAGCAGCAGGGCUGCUGGGGCUUGCUGCUGUGCUGCUGCUGCACUUCUUUGCUGCUGCGGGGCCUUUGCUGCUGCAUGCGAAGGAGGAGGGCAGCAGCUUGAGCCUCAAGGGGGUGGGGUUGGUGGUUUCUUUGGUGCUGCUGCUGAGCGGCGCAGCAGAAGCUGCUGCUGCUGCUGCUGCAGCAGCGGGAGCAGCAGCAGCAGACGGCCCGCAGCUGCUGCAGCUGCCCGGGCUGCUGACGCGGGGCCGCCGCCGCGCUGCAGCAGGAGCGGGGCUGCUGCUGCUGUCCUCGCUGCUGCUGCUGCUGACCUGGCUGGCGGGGCUUCCUGCUGCAGCAGCAGCAGCAGGACAGGUGGGCCUCGUGGCCGGGGCCACUCUUGCUGCUCUCGGAGUGCUGCUGCUGCUGCAUGCAGCUUUUAGUACUUUCAAACUCUCCAAGAAGCUCUUCGAGCUGCCGCAGCAGCAGCAGCAGCAGCACCUGCCGCAGCAAGCAGCAGCAGUGGACGCGCAGCUGCUGAGCCAGCUGCUGGAGCACUUCUCCGAGGAGGAGCCCGCGGACGCAGCAGCAGCAGCAGCAGCAGCAGCAGACGCAGCAGCAGCAGCAGCAGCAGCCAAACAGACCGUGCAGCACGCGCUGCGCCUCCUAGCAGCAGGAGCAGCACUCAGCAGCGAGCAGCAAACUGGACUUGCAGAAGCAAUUACGAAGCAGCUGCUGGAAGCAGAAGACGGACUCCCGCUGCUGCUGGACAGCGAAAACGUGCGGCCCCUCGCGCAGCAGCUGCAGCAGCAGCAGCAGCAGCAGCAGCAGCAGCAGCAGCAGCAGCAGCAGGCGGGGGCCGGGGGGGGGCGCGGGCCGGAGGGAGGCGAGCGAGCUCGGCCGUGA